AGCAAGACAGCAUUGAGUCAAGACGGUAACAGAGGUGGCAGCAUCACAGGGUCUUCAUCGGAGGUUCAGCUACCUGGCCAUCACUGAGUAGAGCACAGGACUUGGAGUCUGGAGUCCUGGGUUUCAGUCCAGUUUGACCAGUCUGCUGUGGAGCCACAAGUGAACUUCUCUUGUGCGGUAUUUGGUUUCCCUGGGAUCCAACUUGGAAGUCAGGUCCUACGACAUGCCAGGGUCCUAGAAGUCAAAGGUGGCUUUUACCAUGAUGACAGUGGCUUCACCUUUUCCAGGACAGGAGCCAGUUCUUGGAGGAGACCUGGGACAGAGCAUGGAUUGCUGCGGGGCCCUUUUCUUUCUGUGUCUUCUGACAUUGCAGGGCACAGCAAAAGGGAUAACAGGGAAAGAAGAGGUCCUGGGCUACAUGCGGAGGAUGGAGCAGCAGCUCAAGGGCCGGAAACCCCCUUCUGUUGACCAAGUUCAUAACCUGGAGCAGAAGCUGCUGAAUGCCACCUUUAAUGACGACAAGCUAAACUUGAGCACAAACAACAUCCACUCUCUGGUCUUCAAGCUGGGCUGCAACUUCACUGGCCUUUCCUUGAGUAGUGCUGCUCUGGAGAAGGUUCCCCAGGCCCGGGCCCGGCAUGCCAUGCACUUCCCUGCAGAGCUGACCCGGGACGCCUGCUCAACCCCUGUCCGGCCCAGGGAGCUGCGGCUCAUCUGCAUCUACUUUUUUACCAACUCCUUUUUCCAGGAUGACAAAAACUCAUCUCUGCUAAAUAACUAUGUCCUGGGAGCUCAGCUGGACCAAAGACGAGUGAAGAACCUCAGGGACCUGGUCAACAUCAGCUUUUGGCACAACCAAAGUUUGGCAGGCUACACUCUGACCUGUGUCUUCUGGAAGAAGGGAGCCAGCAAGCUCCGCUGGGGGGCCUGGAGUCCCAAGGGCUGUCACACUGAGCAGCCCUCACCUUCACAGGUGCUGUGCCGCUGUAACCACCUCACCUACUUCGCGGUUCUUAUGGCUUGCAGCCCCACAUCCCUUCCACAGCAACUGUCCCCGGCUCCUGUGCCUGCAGAGCUGCUGGCGCCUCUCCAGUACAUCUCCCUUGUGGGCUGCAGCGUCUCCGUCGUGGCCUCGCUACUCACCAUGGUGCUGCACCUCCGUGCCAGGAAGCCCAAUGACUCCACAAGACGCAUCCAUAUGAACCUGCAAAUCUCAGUGCUGCUGCUGAAUGUCACCUUCCUCCUGAGUGCCAUGCUGGCUGUGCCCGCUGGGGCUGCAUGCGUGGCGCUGGCGGCUGUCCUGCACUACGCCCUGCUCAGCUGUCUCACCUGGAUGGCCAUUGAGGGCUUCAACCUCUACCUCCUCCUGGGGCGCGUCUACAAUGUCUACAUCCACCGCUAUGUGCUCAAGCUUUGCACGCUGGGCUGGGGAGUCCCGGCGCUCCUGGUGCUACUGGUCCUCGCUGUCAAGAGCUCAGUGUACGGACUCCACACGAUCCCCGUCUCCAGCAGCCAGGAAAAUGGCACCAGCUUCCAGAACGUGUCCAUGUGCUGGGUGCGGAGCCCCUCGGUGCAUGGUGUCCUGGUCAUGGGCUAUAGUGGCUUCACGACCCUCUUCAACCUGGUAGUGUUGGCCUGGGCACUGGGUGUGCUGCGAAGACUGCGGCUGCGGACCAAGGGGCCUGGCCCCCAGGCCUGCCGUGACACGGUCACUGUGCUGGGCCUCACUGUGCUGCUGGGCACCACCUGGGCCUUGGCCUUCUUCUCCUUCGGUGUCUUCCUGCUGCCCCAGCUCUUCCUCUUCAGCAUAUUCAACUCACUCUAUGGUUUCUUCUUCUUCCUGUGGUUCUGCUCCCAGAAGUACCGCUCUGAAGUGGAGGUCAAGGCAGAGAUGGAGGCACUCAGCUCCUCCUAGAUGGUGCACUAACCCAGGCUGGCCAGAAGCCUCAGCCUUUCUGGAGCCUGCAGCCUGAGGCUCUGGCUCCCCCUAGAGGCUGGACACCAAAGCCUCUGUUCCUUCUGGGGAGUCUUUGCUAGUUCCACUGUCUCCCCAGCCUUUGUGACCUGCUGCAGGGUAGGCCCAGCCCCCCUGAGGGCAGCACAGCUGGCCAGGCCUGUGGGCAGAAGACCCAUGGCCUGAGUGCUGUUCUAGGCCUAGCUGCAUCUCACUCUGUGACCCUGGGGCUGUCAUUUCUCGUGGACCCUCAGUUUUUAUGUCUGAGACAUAGAGAGAAGAGGCUCUGGUCCUGCCUAACCUGGCAGCUUUGUGAACUGUGAAUAAGAAGGAGGGUAUUAGUGGGGGUUCACCCUGUGACCUAUCCCUAAAGCUGUUUUUCCUUUAACUCUGAAAUGAUAACAACCUCACUCCCAGCCCACCUCUGAUUGGGAAAUCUAGUCCUUCCCAGAGCCACCUUCUGCAGUGUUCUGAGAACUUCAGGGCAUUUUAGACCAGCAUCCCAGGCAAAGGGCCUCCUCGGGGUGGUGUUUCUUUCCCUGAAGCUGAGCCACCUGGGCCUCAGCGUCCUGCCUAGGGAUGACUGGGCUGUUAGAUUAUGGGACUGAAGGUGAGAGUUCUAAGCGCCAGACUCAGAAUCGUCACUGGCCUGAGCCUGGCUGGCUGAUCAAGUGGGAGAGAAUGCGCGUGAAGCCCCUGCCUUUCCUAGGAUGGACGUCAGGAGGCGCUGGUGGCUUGCGCGCAGAAACAUCGACCUCGCGAUUGCAUCUGGAAACGCUCGCUCGCUACCUUCACCGUCCGUGGAUCUGAUGCACAGUCUGUCAUCCUCUCCAAGAAUGCACCAACUGAGUGACCGAAGGAGGAAACUCUAAUCUUGUUUACACAUCCAGUUACCUCUUUCCCCAGUGCAGCUGUCCGAGGUCGCUCUCAAGGGGCUUGUGCCCAGGCUGGCUGGGGCAGACUCUCAGGGACCUAUCCCGGACAUCAGACAGAAUUUAUGACCUUGAACCUCACAGCAAGGGAACUGGAGCUGGACCUGUGUCCUGCCAGUGUUUCCUUUGCUCAUCUGUACGUUUCUGGAUGCAAAUAUCUCCUUAGCAGCUGGUGAUUGCUGCAGGCGCUGGGAUCAGGCUGCCUGGGCUCUGGUGUCAGCUCUGCCCUUGCUAACUGUGACGCAGAUGAGUCACUAAAUCUCUCUGUGCCUUAGUUUUCCCAUGUGUGUGAUAGAGCCAGUAAUAAUACCUACUUUGAAAGUUCAGUAAAAGAAUGCAUAUACAGAGGCUUAGCCCAGAGUUAGUAUUUAGUACACAGUUAUUACUGUUUUGUGACUAUUAUUAACAGUGUUAACUGGGUCUCAGAGGCCUGCUUGUCUCACCCCAGGCUCAGGUGUGUUCAACUCUCACCUCUCCUUCCAGCUUUUCUGGCCUCUGCUGUGCUAGAAAUAUUUUCCAUUGAGGACUGUCUCCAGGCUGUCACCACCUCUCCUGUCUCCCAGCUCCCUAGUGUCUGGUGGCCCGGUGUUGUGUCUUCCUCUCCAGCUGCAUCAUAGAGAAGGCCUCUUUCCCACUCUGUCUCUGGGCAGUGUGCCGUGUCCCCAUCAAAGUGCCCUAGGUUAGGCAGCUCCCAAAAGUGGGUUCCUUAACCAUUCCCAUGAGGAUGCUGAGGUCUUGAAGCAACUUAGGCAACUCCUGGAUUAGGUCACUGAUGUUCCCAAGGUGGCUGGGUCUGCAGCCCCAUGAAGCAGGGCCCUGCUAAGGACCCCCAGCCUGGUCUUGAGUCCCUGGCAAUCCUGAGGGAAGAUAUGGCCACAGUGACAUGGGAUGGUCUAGUACUUCUCAGAAAAUCCCAAGCAUGUGGCCUUAAGAUUUAUCAGGGUCCAGGCUCUGGGUGGGGACCAUUUCUUGGGAAUACUCCAGUGGCCUCCCCUCACUGCCAGCACUCCCAGGAAGAGUCCUGACCCAGCCCAGAUGGGGCACUGGGGCCAGCCCUUGGGAGCUUCUGGGAAGAAGGAAUGGGGUAGGUUCUGGGGGCCACUGUUCAGAGGACCAGGCUCCCUGUGGUGGUGCUUGGAGAAGGGAUGACGUGGGGCCACCGAUGAAGGAUCUCUGUGUGGUUUGUUUAUUUUAUUCCAGAAAGGUGCAAGUUGGGGGGGGCACAGCUGAAAGAAGAGUUUUCAGAUGUACUGCAGAAAGCCCAAUUUUGGAGACAAACUUACACUAAACAUUACUCAUUGUCUAUCUGAAAUGCAAA